AUGCGACACUUGGAGUCACGCGCGCAACGAAUGGGGAUGCGAUUUGAAUCACGAUUUCCGGACCGGACCAGAGUGCCUCUAUUUCGGCAAAUUACGGCAAAUUUUACUGGGAUUAUUGAAAGCUAUUUUCAGGCGGCAUUUUAUGUUCUCAAACAGCCGAGCACAAUGAUAGCUGUGCCCACGUUAGAAAGCAUUAUGAGAACUCAUUUGGCAACUGAACAGUACGACAAAGAUUUUCUAUGGUACAUUUUGUUGGGAGAACCACAGAAAUUAAUCGAACCACAUUAUGCUGAUUUUUACACUAAAUUUGUCCAAGAACUGAUAUUGGAACCUGGAACGGAAGAUAACCCGACUCCAUUUUUUAUGCAUGCAAUGAAAGCAUGGAAAUUGUUCUUCAUGUUGGAGCUAAGCAGCUCACAAGACUGGAUUCAAGCCGUCAUAGAACCAUGGACAGAUCGAUACAGUGGGAGUUUGAGUAAAAUUCACGAUGAAUGGAGCCUUCUGUUUAUCGAUGAAUUUUGUCGAGCGUAUCAUCGUUACAAAGAUCGAAAGUUAGUCAUCCCCAAUGGUUUAUGUCCAGACCCAUGCAUUACGCAACCUUGCUUCAAUAUUCCGAACACAGCUUCGUCCAAAUGCACCACUACUGGAACUCAAUGGAAUGAGUUUAAUUGUUCAUGUCAACCCCGAUACAGCUGGAUCAAACCACCCAGGUGGGCAGGACACUGUCAAAUGAAUGAUGACUGUACCAAUUAUUGCAACAUGGAAGGAACACGACGUUGUGAUGUGAUCGAUCAAAAAGAGUUUUGCGUCUGUCGGCCAACAUACAUGGGUCCGACAUGUCACAAGAAACGAGAUCCUUGUAUCGAACUUUCUAGUCCAACCGAGAUUCCGGGGAAUGUGGCGUGUAACGUGAAUCAGGGCGGCAAAUGCGUUGGCACACUGGGUACAAAUACGUAUCACUGCAUGUAA